CACUAUCCCCAUAUCUUUAUCCGUAGACGUCACAAUAACCAAGUCACGGACGUCUGCCGGUUGCAGAUUUACAGGUGCCACCGCCCAGGACACGUGUCGGUUUGGCGGCGCAUCUUAAGUUGGUUUCACAAAUACUGAGGAAGAUUAGGUGGGCCCCCACAGCUUAGGAGUCCCAUUUCACGCCGGAAAUUCGGACGUUCGUUCCUUUCGCUUUCCCAUUCAAAGAAUGUUUAUGAUGCAAUCUUUCUUCAACUACUCCACCACGGCGUUUCCAAAUACGGCGGCGUUCUGCUGAUUUCACGCUUUUACGCGUCGAACUCUUCGAUUGUUUUAAAAAUAUAUUGAAGAUUUUUCUUUUUCUUCUUUAGACGUAAAGAUUUCUCCCCUAAGUUUGAAGCUUUGUGGCUGUUCAAAGGAAUUUGUACACAUAAAUGACUGUUUAUGAGCUAGAUCCUGACGUAGUGAGGUGGAAUCUCCACCUUAUAGAUGUUUGUUCUAUAAACAAUGGUGGUUCUCUCGGAACUGUUACUCAGUAUGACAGGGAUUUUUCUCAAGAUGGAUAUGUGAGAGAAGGUUAUUGUGAGCCUACGCAUGUUAACGUGGAGAAUGAUGAGGUAAUUGCCCGUGCCCUUCAGGAGGAACUAUCACGACUUUCAGUCGUGGAUUCUGUAGAAUCUUCACACACUGAAGAAGAACAUCGAAAAGCAUCAGUUCUUGCUCAGGAUUGGGUUGCAUCGACGAGGAGAAAUUACAAUUUUGCACUUGAUGGCAAUGAGGAAGACAGAGAUGGUAACGGAAUGAUAACAUUUUGCCCUCGCACAGCUGCAUCAUCCAAUUGGGAGCAUCAAGAAGUUUCACCGGAGAUAGAGGAUGAAUCUCUUCUUGAUGGUGAAGUAGGGAAACGGCUGAAUCAGUUGGCUGCCAUCCCUCAUGUUCCCAAAAUCAAUGGAGAUAUACCCUCAGUAGAUGAAGCCACGUCAGAUCAUCAAAGGCUGAUGGACAGGUUGGAAGUAUAUGAUCUAUUUGAGUUAAAAGUAUCUGGAGAUGGCAACUGUCAGUUCCGCUCAUUGUCAGACCAAAUAUAUCGCAGUAUCGAGCAUCACAAAUUUGUGAGGGAACAAGUUGUUAAACAGCUCAAGUUCCGUAGGGAGUUGUAUGAGGGUUAUGUUCCGAUGGUCUAUGAUGAAUACUUGAAGAAAAUGAGCAAGGCUGGCGAAUGGGGUGAUCAUAUAACUUUGCAGGCUGCUGCUGAUUCAUAUGGUGUUAAGAUAUUUGUCAUUACUUCAUUUAAGGAUACCUGCUACAUUGAGAUUCUUCCACAAAUUCAAAAGUCAAAGAGAA